GGCAUUAAUAGUUUUUAUUUUGGGCAGGUGCCGCUAAAUAUAUAAUAUCGUAACGUUGUUUUCAAUACGAUGUUAUUCUAAUAAAUUGUGUUGUUUUACGUGAUCUGAAGGUCAUUUAAUGCGAUAAGAAAGUAGAUAAAUAUUUUAUCGAUUUUUACAUAAUACUUUUAUAAUAUUCAAGAAAACCUUGAAUUAGUUAAUGUAACACCAAUAAAUUUUUUGGGCUAAAAAACAGCAGUUGGCUAUUUAAUAGCGAAUUUUAUGGUGAAGGACUCUGUAGAGGUGCUUUUCUAUAGGUCGACAAGAGUUUUUCUUUUGUAUUCUCAUAUUUAUAAUAAAAUUCCUUGGAAAGUCAUUCAAAAGCAGCAAAUUCAGAACAGGCCAAUAAACAUAUUUUUCAGGGUAAGAUCUGUUAACAGUCACGUCAUACAGAUUAAGGGCUAUUAUAAUAACUAUUUUUUAACGUAACUCUGUCGUGUAACAUACAUUUAUGGAAUCGUGUGAACUCUAAUUAAGAUAUUCUUUUACCUUUCAGCUGCGCCUUUCUUCAUCGAACCGCCGGAGAUACUGAAAGAAGAUAUCAUCUCCGAUAUUACAAGACGAAUACGUGUGUCCAUCAAACAGAUAAUAAAGGACAUUGCGUAAAGAAUGGACAGCAUUGCGCGUUUGCCCACGGAGCAACUGAUAUGCGAUCUCCCGUUCAUGAUAAACGCGAACGAAUGUUGGCUUGUGGUCUUGCUGCACAGGGUUUGGGAAAGGAUGAAAAUGGCAUAUCCAGAGGUGGUCUCACAUCGCUUGAAAGAGAUAAGGUAUUGAAUGAAGAUCCCAAAUGGAAUGAAACGGAAUACGUGUUAGCGAAUUAUAAAACAGAGCUCUGUAAGAGGCCUCCUAGAUUAUGUAGACAGGGAUUUGCCUGUCCUAGUUAUCAUAAUGCUAGAGAUAAGAGGCGUUGUCCUCAUACACACAAAUACAGAUCAACCCCUUGUCCUAAUGUUAAGCACGGUGACGAUUGGGGAGAUCCUGCUCAAUGUGAAAAUGGAGAGCAGUGUCAGUAUUGCCAUACCAGAACAGAACAGCAAUUUCACCCAGAAAUUUACAAAUCGACCAAAUGCAAUGAUAUGCUCCAAACUGGUUACUGUCCAAGAGGACCGUUUUGCGCUUUUGCACACGUCGAACAGGAAAUGACCAUACAGCGAGAAAUAGCUGCAGCAUCCGAAAAUUCUCUUGCUGCUUACGUUACGAGUGCAUUUCCGGAAAAGGCGAAUAGUAUUGAGGAGAAAGUUAACGAUUUAGGUUUAUGUAACAGUAACAAAAGCCUUCCUCAACCAAUCGGGAAAGAGAGAAGUAGAAGUUUCAGCAAUGGUAGUACUACCGGAGGAGCUAAUAUGAGAAGUCCAUUUCCGGUUGGCUCGGCGCCAGCAAUGACCUUUGCUGACGCGGCGAGGAACAGGAAAACCUAUGAAGAGAAACAAUCGAAUAAGGGGACAACAAGGUCAAAUCUUUUUGGAGGCGAUACUUUGCAAUCUAUAAUAGGUAAUGCAUUGGAUGAGGACGUCGACGUUGAUGAUCUCAGUUUAUCAACUGCAUUUGAAACAUCAAACGAUCGCGAUCAGGACAUUGAAUCUUUGUCUUCUUCUUUCGGUAAUAACUUACAACCUGCUUUUAAUAGUCGCUCCGAACCUGUUAGUAUUCCUGGAGCUAAUCAGCCCCAGAGUCCGUUUAGUCCACUCGUCUCACCUUUGUUGAACGGUAAUGGCUUCGGUAGUUAUUUUAGCACUUCAGGAAAUAGCGAGGUAAAUAAAUUGAAGGAAGAAGUGGGUAGUUAUAAAACUAAAUUGAAGCAUUGGGAAGAGGGUUAUGCCCAAGCUAGAGCAGCUUGCGAAGCGUGGAAAAAGGAAGUAGAAGAUUUAUCAAGAAAGAAACGCGAAUUAGAAGAUGAAUUAACAACAAGUAAAAAGGAAAAGGAAGAACUAAGAGCACAGUUGAAAGCGGUAAAGACGAAUAUUAUUAUUCCAUUAUGUCAAAGGGAAGAAGUCCCAUCAGACAUACGCGACCUAAUCCAAGCAUUCAUAGUAGAUCAAUCUUUUCAACAAAGUUUCUACAGCAGUCCAACGUAAGAUAUAAAAUUGAGAAUUAGUCGCACAUAUCGGAAGUUUUGGAAAAUAUAACUUAUGAAAACUAGUUGUUGCCUACUUACAAAAAUUUUUUUCCAAUUUUUUUAUUGCUUUAUGCUUGUUUAAUUUUCAGAUUAACGUUUGACGUACAUAGUGUUAGCUAUAAAGCACAAAGAGGCGGUAUACUUGUGAAUUACUGCUAGUUUUUUUAGUGUAUAGGUUAUACUUCGUAUUUUACAUUUACACUUGAAAGAAUUUGAAUAUGGAAAUAAUUAUAUACAUAAAUAUUGUACUAACCAAUUUUUUGUCAAUACUGAUUUUCCGUGAAUUUAUCAAACGUUUUAUAUACAAUACGUUAAAAAAUUUCUUUGAUAUUUUUAAAGAAAACAAAUUCUAUCCUGCAUUUUUCCAGUUUAUAUUUAUUAGUGGCGUUUUUUUUUUAGGAUUAAUUAAAUUGAAUUGAAAAUGUUUUAAGGGAUUGACGUUGUUUUGAUUAGAAGUAGAAUCUAUAGUUGAUUUGUUAUAUCAAAAGUAAGAAAGGCUAUGUUUCAUAUAUUUGUGUAUAUAUAUAUAUAUAUAUAUAC